CUCUCCACUGCACUACGACUCUUCUCUCUAUUCUUUCACCUCCUCCUAUUUUCCCAUUAUCUAACUUCUGUUUUUAUAAUUUCGUACCAAAAAAUACCUAAAAAAAGGAAAAAAAAUUCAUUACCUACCUAUUUCUCUCUCUGUCUUUCUCACCAAAAAAUAUAAUCAUGUCUACUGCUAUUGUUAAAGAUUCUGCUGAAGGUUCUUCACGAUCGACGACGAACAACGUUAACGACCAGCAUCAGCAUCAGCACCCACCACAACCGCCGCCUUUGAGCCGAUAUGAGUCUCAGAAGAGGCGUGACUGGAACACUUUUGGGCAGUACUUGAAGAACCAAAGACCUCCCGUUUCACUAUCACAGUGUAACUGUAACCAUGUGCUUGAUUUUCUUAGGUAUCUCGAUCAGUUCGGGAAGACUAAGGUUCAUCUUCAUGGGUGUGUCUUUUUUGGACAACCCGACCCGCCUGCACCGUGUACUUGUCCUCUAAGGCAGGCGUGGGGGAGCCUUGAUGCACUGAUCGGACGCCUCCGAGCUGCUUAUGAGGAGCACGGUGGUUCUCCUGAAACAAACCCCUUCGGUAAUGGAGCUAUUCGGGUUUAUUUGCGCGAAGUGAGGGAGUGUCAAGCUAAGGCUCGUGGGAUUCCUUAUAAGAAGAAAAAGAAGAAGAAGCAUCAAAUCAAGGCCAUCGACGAGGCUAAGUCUUCCAAACAAUCAACUUAGUAGAGCUUCGGCUUCUUCAAAUAAAUGGGUUAAAAAGUUGGAAGAGGAGCCUCUGCUUGAGUAUGUGAGAUCGUUCAAUAUAUGCAUAGAGUUGUUUAUGUAGUUUUUUAUAAUGAAUGGUGUUACAGCAAGGUGGUCUUUGCCCACAUAUAUACAAAUACGUACCAGUUUACCACCUUGUAAUUAACUAGUAAGUUCUUAUUACACUUUUAUAAGCAUUAAUUGGCAGCCAUUACUCUAUGUGUUUAGCUUUGUAACUACUUUAAUGCAGUAGCAAUAUAUGUUUCUCCU